ACUAGUCCGACGGCCAUAUUGAAUGCCUUCACAAAUCGCCUUAUGGUGGAUCUCAAUUGCACGGUUUUCUCACUCAUGUCCGUUCUAACAGGCUUCACGAGAAAAUUGGAGGUGACAAGAGUACAUGAAAUAUAGUCGUUUAGUUUACAGCGUGGAUAACCUGAAAGCAUUGAAUACUCAGGAUUUUGUCGGUCUUUGAAGCUGUAGUCCUUCAUCAGAGGUCCUGUGAAACAAGGAAGCUAUCCGUCCUGUGAGUUGUCUUCUCAGCUGCCGGGUGAAGAGAGGAGAGGAGACAAACAUGCCGAAACCGAUUAAUGUGCGGGUGACCACCAUGGACGCAGAGCUGGAGUUUGCCAUCCAGCCCAACACCACUGGCAAACAGCUCUUUGACCAGGUGGUGAAGACGGUGGGGCUUCGAGAGGUCUGGUUCUUCGGACUGCAGUACGUGGACAGCAAGGGUUACAGCACGUGGCUGAAGCUUAAUAAAAAGGUGACAGCCCAGGAUGUAAAGAAGGAGAACCCUCUGCAGUUUAAGUUCCGGGCCAAGUUCUUCCCUGAGGACGUGUCUGAGGAGCUGAUCCAGGAGAUCACACAGAGACUCUUCUUCCUGCAGGUGAAGGAGGCCAUUUUGAACGAUGAGAACUACUGUCCCCCGGAGACUGCCGUGCUGCUGGCAUCCUACUCUGUCCAGGCCAAGUACGCCGACUACAACAAAGACAGCCACAAGCCUGGCUACCUCACCAACGACAGACUGCUGCCACAGAGAGUCCUGGAGCAGCACAAGCUCACCAAGGAGCAGUGGGAGGACCGGAUACAGACCUGGCAUGAGGAGCACCGAGGCAUGCUCAGAGAGGACUCUAUGAUGGAGUACCUGAAGAUAGCUCAGGACCUGGAGAUGUACGGAGUCAACUACUUUGAGAUCAAGAACAAGAAGGGGACAGAGCUGUGGCUGGGAGUGGACGCCCUGGGACUCAACAUCUACGAACACGAAGACAAACUGACACCAAAGAUCGGCUUCCCUUGGAGCGAGAUCCGAAACAUCUCCUUCAACGACAAGAAGUUUGUCAUCAAACCCAUCGACAAGAAAGCUCCAGACUUUGUGUUCUACGCUCCACGGUUGCGGAUCAACAAGCGUGUCCUGGCUCUGUGUAUGGGGAACCACGAGCUGUACAUGAGGAGGAGGAAGCCUGACACCAUCGAGGUGCAGCAGAUGAAGGCCCAGGCCAGAGAGGAGAAACACCACAAACAGCAGGAGAGAGCCCAGCUGGAGAACGAGAAGAAGAAACGAGAGCACGCAGAGAAAGAGAAGGAGAGAAUAGAGCGAGAGAAGGACGAGCUGAUGGAGAGACUGAGGCUGAUCGAGGACCAGACGAUGAGGGCCCAGAAAGAGUUGGAGGAGCAGACACGCAGGGCCCUGGAGCUGGAGCAGGAGAGGAAGAGAGCCAGGGAGGAGGCGGAGAGGCUGGAGAAGGAGAGACAGGCAGCGGAGGAGGCCAAGGCGGAGCUGGCCAGGCAGGCCGCUGACCAGAUGAAGAACCAGGAACAACUGGCCGCUGAGCUGGGCGAGUUCACCGCCAAAAUAGCCCUGCUGGAGGAAGCCAAGAGGAAAAAGGAAGAGGAGGCCACUGAAUGGCAGCAGAAGGCCAUCUCAGCCCAGGACGACCUGGAGAAGACCAAGGAAGAGCUGAAGACUGUGAUGACGAUCUCGUCGACGCCAGCGGGCGGCUCCACUGAGAGCGAGCACGAGGAGCAGGACGAGAACCACGCUGAGGACGCCGCCGAGCUCUCCCUGGAGGGCGUGAGCGCCCUGGACCUGCGCAGCGAGGAGGAGCGCGUCACCGAGGCCCAGAAGAACGAGCGCCUCAAAAAACAGCUGCAGGUGUUGAGCUCGGAGCUGGCUGAAGCCAUAGACGAUACCAUGAAGACUCAGAAUGACAUGCUUCACGCGGAGAACGUGAAGGCCGGGAGAGACAAGUACAAGACCCUACGUCAGAUCCGCCUGGGCAACACCAAGCAGCGCAUCGACGAGUUUGAGUCCAUGUGAUCUGGUCUGGGUUCCCCCAUCCGUCCAUUGGCGACUCGCUUUUCGUCAAAGCAACAGGCGCUGUCCCUCCUACACUCCCCCCUUUUCCCCGUACCCAUACCCGCCUCCAGAGGGCACGGCCGCCACCGCCUCAAACUUUGCCAAAGCUCUGCCCGCAUCUCCAUCAGGAAUCGCCCAAUUGGGCGCAAGCAACGCUUUGCACCGUUCCGAGCAUCCUAUUCUCCUUGUAUUGCAAAGAAUAUGUCUGUGCUUUGCUUUCAAAUAUCUAAUAUGGAGACACAAGAAAAACCAAAAUGGGGGAAGAUUGGAUUUUUAAGCGAACAAGGCCUUCGGAAGCUUUUUUUGUUGUUCUCGCCGGUAAGCUAGUAUGCAAUGCUUUAGUAUUACUGACUCUGUUGUCUUCAGUUGAACGUAUUGAUGUUGUCUGUUACUUUCAAAACCGUUUUUGUUCUGAUCUAUGAUUCUGACACGUUUCAUUGAAGCACUGUUUCUUAAGUUCUCUGUGCUCAACUUUGAAGGUAGAUCGGUCCGAGGCUGGUAGAGAGGCUUGUGUUAGUUAGGGGAUCCAUCCAUUCAGUUAUGUUGUGAACAAUUUCAAAACAUUUAAUUGUUUUAAAACAAAUGAGCCUAUGGGUAACAGGGUUGACGUGUUAUGUUAUGACGUCUUCUACCACAAAAUGGCCAAAAAGAGUAGAACAAGCUCUCCUGCUUUUACACUAUGAUUUGACUAUUAGAUGUAAAAAAUAUAUAUUUUGGGAAAAAAUAUAUUUCAAAAGGAAUAUUUUCAACAUAUUAAAGUGAGAGUUCAGUUGUAACAGGGUUGGCCUUUAAAAUGAGAGACCAGGUUUUUUUUUGUAACCUUAAAAUGAAUCACUAAUCGCAUGAAAUAAAGUCUUCAGAAAUGACUUUGUCAAAGCAACAAAAUAACUAUUGCUUAACAAUGAUGGUGAAAUGUUGAUGUUAACUGGGUUAAAGUCUUCCUGGAAGUCGGAGGCACGGAGAGGAAUGCUGAAUUUUGCCACUUUAGUAAGUCUUUAUUCAGAUAAAAAAUAUGAUUUAUUGAAUUUACCGUGGUCUAUAUUAAAGGGCACUUCAUUGAAAAGAACAGGCUUUUAAAAUUCUAUAUUGAUGCACCAUUUCGUCUUAAAAUAUCAAAGGGAUGCAAAAGGAAGUCGUUUUGUGGAACGGCCCUACUAUCUAGACUCUGAGCAUCAGUGCAAAGCCACUACACCAGUCUUGAGGAGAGGUGCGAGUCUUGAUGAAUAAAUGACUGGUCUUCAAUGGGAAGCCAAUGAUUUCACGUGAUAAGGUUGUAGAAUAUAGCGAGAUUUGAUUUGGUGCUCAAGGAUACAUAAUGUAGUAAAGCACAUUUGGUCGGAGAUACUAUGAUAAGCAAAUUGGUUAGGCGUGUGUGAGAGAUGGGUAGGAAGAGAGUGAAAGCUGUUAGUUUAGCUCCUGUGAGCUGACUCCUAGUGUUUCAUGUCCAGUCACCAUAGAUGGUUUUCACUGCCUACCAGCUCACAAAGGCCCAGGAAAGAUGGACAGAGGUGCUGUGAGUGCCAGCAUGUCUGUCUGUCUCUGCAUCGUAGUAACUUUUGAAGAGGUAUACCAUGGUCUUUCUGGCUGGAGAGCACAUGAAAACAUCAGUCCUCAUCGGAGAACAGAUUUCUACCUCAAUACUGUAACCACAGUGACUGACCAAUCAAACACUCGGUCUCAAUCCCCUCCCACAGAUUCUGAGUUUUGACUGUGGCUUGACUAGUUCAGACUAGGAGACGAUGUUGCUUUAUUGGUUAACAUUUCAACCAAAAUAAGAAUGCUAUUUUUAUGCCAGAUGUACUUUCAAGCGGUGACUCAUUCAAGUGUCACUAGUGGAGACAAUUGAUCAAAAAAACGUUUUACACGGUGGCCUCUUUGAUACAUCUACCUUAUGUUUUGUGUUACUAAAGUUUCUCUGAACUACACCUAAAUUACCCAGAAGAUCAAAGGUCAAGCAAUCCAAGCCAAUCCAGCACCGAGGACGCGGCUGUGAGUCUGUAUUUUCUGUAGUGGACUGUUCUGAUACUGUGCAGUAGUGAGUUUGAGGACUGCAGUGACCCAGGCUGUGUAGACAUGGUGUCUGUGUCCUGUGGUAGUGGAGCUGGUUUGACUGGUUAUUGUUAAGCGCUGUUUGGACUCGGGAACCUGUAUCUCUCUGGCGACAGCCAACUGGGGCCAGAAUAGGACCAUCAUGUUUCUCUUCUGCUGCUGGACAGAUCUGCUCACCGAUAUCUCUGCCACAGCUGUCAGCAGGGUGGAUGGAAACCCAAUGGCAGAGUGCCACCAAUUUAGGACUGUGAAGAGACAGACGGGUGCAGAUGUCAGAGGUGAAUGUUCCCCCCCUAUCUAUUCGCUCUCAUUCGAGGGACCCAACCUCUUGGGUCAACCCCACCCCCCACCUCAAUCUUAGAAUUCUGCAGAUUUAAGUGUUAUGUUCAGUGGGAAUGGAGAACAGGCCAAUUACUUUUUUUCAGACUUUGAUCUUUUCUAACCCAACCUUUUUACUCGCUCCAACUCAAAUUAACUCCAGUUUUGUGGAUAAAUGUUACUGCUGUGUUUUGAAUGAACCGGAGUGUUUAGUUUUUAUUUGCAAUCGGAUGAAGUGAUUUGUUAUGCUACACUAGACAGCUGGUUUAAGUUGAUCUUUAAAGCCAGAGUUAAUGAAGUAAAGCACUUGUUUGGAUCCGGAGGACACUGAAGGGGCUUGACCCAAACCUGCCUUUUCGUUAACCCAGCGAGUGUCCAAAUAUAGGGGUUAUAUUUGCCAUAGCAGGUUAAAAAAAACUGUGCUUCCAACUGUUAUUUUUGUAAUGUGUUCCAAGAUCAAACUAACUACCAGCAUGCAUCAGUAGCUCACUGGAGGUGAAGAGAGAACUACUCUACAUGCCACCAUCCCCCAUAUUUAGGGCAGGGUGCUAUGAGUUGGGCUUUUCUUGGCUGAGCCUGUUAGCCUGCUUGUGUUUGGCCUCCAAUGAGAACCGUGUCAGUGAUGCCUCUUUUGGAAACAGCUGUCAUGUUUGCGGUUCAAUUUUUCCUUAAGUUUAAACUAGUGUUUCUGUAAAAUAAAGACACAGCCCAUUGGUUUCAC